AUGGCAGAUGGUACCUACAGGUUCCAGCAGCCUGGGGCCGGGCAGUUCUUCUUCCAAACACAAGCGCAACAACAUUCUCACCAACGUCACCUUGCACGGAACGGGACCAACUCCCCAACUGGACGACUGAAAUUCAGCCACGAGACUCCCUCACCAUCCCGCUCUCCUCCGCUCAGCCAAGCCGCGGCUCUCAAUCCUUUCACGAUGUACAGUCAAACCCACCAAGGGCAGCAUGUCAUGAUGAACGGCGGCCAGACCCACCAACGCUUUGGCAUGCAAAUGCCCAAGUUUCAGUCGCAAACUCACCAUCCACAUCCUGCUCAGCAACCCCAUCACCAUGCUCACCACAACCAAGCGUCUCACAACAUUAGCCACCAACACAACUUCUCCAGCGGGGCAUUGGCUGCCGCUACUCCGCACUUCACUCCGGGUCCUCUCCAGAACGGUGCUCAUGUCAAUGUAGAGGAAGAUCUCGACGAUUCCAUGAACGAACACUGGCAGCAGCAGCUCCAACUUGCGGCGGAGUCGAGACAGGCCAAUUCACCCCACUACUAUGCCCGGACUGUCGCUCAGCAAACCAAAGGCAUCCAGAUUGUGCCCAGUCACCCCGAACCACAAGAAAAUGGGGGUGACGAUAGGAAUGGCGUUGUCAAGUCGAAAGCUACCUCACGGCAAGGUUGGCAUGCCCUCGAUUUUGGUGGACAAGGCUUGCGGGCUCUCUCGUCGUCCUUGUUUCACUACGUCUUCCUGGAGAAAUUGUAUUUGAACCACAACAAGCUCAAAACUCUCCCUCCGGCCAUUGGACAAUUGCGGAAGUUGACUCACCUGGAUUUAUCGAGCAACGACCUCACCGAGCUUCCCGAGGAGAUUGGCAUGCUCACAAGCCUGAAACAACUUCUGCUCUUUGACAACAGCAUUCGCACGCUUCCUUUCGAGAUGGGUUAUUUGUACAGGUUGGAAAUGCUGGGUAUAGAAGGAAAUCCGUUGACCGAUUCUCUAAAGUCUCUGAUAAUCAAGGAAGGCACGAGGGCCCUCAUCAAGUACUUAAGGGAGGAAAUGCCAGUACAACUUCCCCCGCCCGAUCGAGACUGGGUCAUUCUGGACGAGACCGCAAAUUCCCGCAAUGCCCCUACCGAGAAGAUCACCGUUCUCUCCCACAACGCCCUAUGUGAAUCUUCUGCUACUGCAUCCCAUUUCGGCUAUACUCCCUCGCGUGCGCUGUCCUGGGAGUUCAGACGAGAGCUUAUUCUGAGCGAGUUGAGGUCUCACGACUCGGACAUUGUCUGUCUUCAAGAAGUCGACCAGGGAAGCUACAAUGGAUUCUUCCGAGAGCAACUGGCCUACAACAAUUACAAGGGUGUGUAUUGGCCUCGAGGAAGGGCCAUGGGUAUGCAAGAGGAGGACGCCAAGAAUGUCGAUGGGUGUGCAACCUUUUUCAAGGACAGCAAAUUCAUUCUUCUUGACAAGCAACUGAUUAACUUUGGCCAGACGGCCGUACGGAGACCUGACGCCAAGGGCCAGGACGAUAUCUACAAUCGUCUUUGGCAGAAGGAUCACAUUGCAGUCGUGGUUUUCUUAGAGAACAGGUUGACAGGCUCGCGUUUCAUCGUUGUCAAUGCCCAUCUUUACUGGGACCCGGCUUUCAAGGAUGUCAAAUUGAUUCAAACGGCCAUCUUGAUGGAGGAAAUUACCAAGCUCUCGGACAAAUACGCCAAGUGGCCUGCAUGUACUGAAAAGACGGCGUUCCGUUAUGCCGAUGCAGGGGGCAAUGAGUCGCAAAGUCCCCCGGAAUGCGCGCCAUCUAUGGAGUACAGCAGUGGUGAUCAGAUUCCGCUUUUCAUGUGCGGAGAUUUCAACUCUGCGCCUGGAUCGGCGGCCUACAACUUGGUCGCCAACGGCCGGCUUACAGAGGCACAUCCGGAUCUGGAGAAGCGACUCUACGGCAACCUCAGCCGGGUGGGUAUGACGCAUCCAUUCAAGCUGAAGUCUGCAUACAAUGCCAUUGGCGAGCUCAGUUUUACGAACUACACGCCUGACUUUAAGGAUAUCCUCGACUAUAUCUGGUUCUCAUCGAAUACACUUCAUGUGUCGGCGUUACUCGGGGAGGUGGACAAGGAAUAUCUGCAGAAAGUGCCCGGAUUCCCCAACUUUCAUUUUCCUAGUGAUCAUGUCGCAUUAUUUGCGGAGUUUACCAUUAAAGGGAAAAAGGGCAAGAUUGUGGAAGCGGAUUUUGGACCGCAACGGAAUUGAGGGAACGGAGCAUGUUGAAUCUUAUGAGACUGGUGUUUGUGUAGCCGGUUUAUCUUGUUAUCUCGGAAUCUUUGGGGGCCUUUCGCGUGUCUGUGGUGUUCU